AUGGAUACAGGCUGUGCACUCGAGCAGGACGCCAUCCGCUCGAACACUUACGAGGAACUGCUGGCCAACAACCAAGCCCUCCAGGACAAGAACACGGCUCUACAAGAGCAGCUUCGCGUUGCCCAUACCGAGAACCAGGAGCAGUAUGUCUGGGCAGUGUGCAACUCCACAGUCUUUCAGAAGUGGACAGCCUACUGGAAUGGCAUCCAGCAGCUCAGUCGUGCCAUGGAUUUGAAGGUGCGCGAGCUGCGUGGACGGUUGGCCAAGAGCCAAGGCGACCUGGCCAAAGAGCGUUUCCUUCAUGCCAGAACAAUGGCUGAAGUCCACCGCCUACGAGACGAACGGGAUAUUGCCCACCGAACUGCCCGGAUCUUCCCAGCCGAGCCCGGUCCUGAUACGGUGGCCGGGGGUUCGAUACCCGACUUCACACUGUUUCCUGGGGACGGUUUCCUAAACGAAGAGGACUUUGAGAUGGGGAAGAAUCCCCAUGUGUACGGCAGACCUGAUGGUUUCUUCCCGCGACUCUAA